AUGAGUGAUGAAAAAAAUAUUGCCAUAAGUGGUGAAAAAGCUUAUUCAUAUGAUGAUAUAGAUCAUCCAAGCACUGGAUCUACUUCAGAUGCUGAAGUUUAUCAUACAAAAGUAAAUUUCAUUGAUAGAUGGGCUACAAAGUUAAGAGCCGAAACCAAAGGUAUUGAUAUGGUAACUGAUGAGGAAAAAACAGAAGAUUCUUUAUGGGAUGCUGCUACUAUGUGGUUAUCUGCAAAUUUAGUUAUUGCAACUUUUUCAUUAGGUGCUUUAGGUAUUACUGUUUUCCAAUUAGCUUUUGGUCAAGCUGUUUUAGUCUGUAUAUUUUUCACUGCUUUAGGUGCUUUUACCGUUGCCUAUUUUUCAUGUUUUGGUCCUGCUUCUGGUUUGAGACAGAUGGUCUUAUCAAGGUUUUUAAUUGGUGAUAUUACAUGUAGAAUUUUUAGUUUUAUUAAUGUUAUUGCUUGUGUUGGUUGGGGUGCUGUGAAUAUUAUGGCAUCUGCUCAAUUGUUACAUAUAGUUAAUAAUGGUGCUUUACCUCCAUGGGCUGGUUGUUUAAUUUUAGUUUUAUGUACUAUUGUUGUUACAUUUUUUGGUUAUCAUGUAAUCCAUAUUUAUGAAAAAUGGUCUUGGAUUCCAAAUUUAAUUGUUUUUAUCGUUAUCAUCGUUAGAUUUGCAAUGAGUGGUAAAUUUCAUAGUGCUGGAUUUGAAGGUGGUCAAACUACUGCAGGUAAUGUUUUGAGUUUUGGUGGAACAAUUUUCGGUUUUGCUACUGGUUGGACUACUUAUGCUUCAGAUUAUACAGUUUAUCAACCAAGAAAUGCUAAUUUAACAAAGAUCUUUUUUUCAAUCUUUUUGGGUUUAUUUUUACCAUUAGUUUUCAUUUUAAUUUUAGGAGCUGCAUGUGCAACUGGUAUUAAAAGUGAUGCAAGAUGGGCUGAACUAUACGAAACUAAUUCAGUUGGUGGUUUAGUCUAUGCCAUCUUAGUCGAGGAUUCAUUACAUGGGUUUGGUCAAUUCUGUUGUGUAAUCUUAGCUUUAUCAACAGUUGCCAAUAACAUUCCAAACAUGUAUUCAAUGUCAUUAAGUGCUCAAAAUUUCUGGAGCCCAUUAGCUAGAAUUCCAAGAGUUGCUUGGACUAUCGCUGGUAAUGGUGCAACUUUAGCUAUUUGUAUUCCAGCUUAUUAUAAAUUCGAAUCAGUUAUGGAAAAUUUCAUGAAUUUAAUUUCUUAUUAUUUAGCCAUUUAUGAAUCAUUAAUGUUAAGUUCACAUUUAAUAUGGCACAAGGGUAAUUUCAGAGCUUAUCCAUAUGAGAGAUAUCUUGAUAAACAGGCUUAUCCAAUUGGUUUAGCUGGAACUUUUGGUUUCUGUUGUGGUGUCGCUGGUGUUGUUAUUGGUAUGAAUCAAACUUGGUAUUCAGGUGUUGUUGCAAAACAAAUUGGUGAAUUUGGUGGUGACAUUGCUUUCGAAUUAGCUUUUGCCUUCGCGUUUAUUGGUUUUAACGCCACAAGGUAUUUUGAGUUAAAGUACAUAAGGUGA